AUGGUGUACUUUGGGCAGAGUUUGAGUGGGUCCGCCCUAGAAUGGUACACACGACAGGAUCCUAGCAGGUGGUAUACUUGGGAUGAUUUGGCACAGGCGUUCGCUGGCCAGUUCCAAUAUAAUCUUGAGAUCGUCCCAGACCGGUUGUCGUUGAUAAAACUCGAGAAGAAACCCGAGGAAAGCUUCAGGGAGUAUGGGUUCCGCUGCAGAGAGCAGGCUGCGAGGGUUGACCCUCCCAUGAAAGAAAGCGAUAUGGUGGACUACUUUUUGCAGGCUUUAGAGCCAACUUAUUUUGGUCACUUGGUGACGGCAAUUGGUAAAUCUUUUAACGAAGUUGUGAAGAUGGGAGGUAUGGUCGAAGAAGGAUUGAAUUCUAACAAAAUCAUGAGCUAUUCAGCGAUUAAAGCAACCACCCAGGCCAUCCAAAGCGGCACUGGGGGUGUGCUUGGAAAGAAGAAUAAAGAAGAGCCUCUGGCUCACACGCAAUGGCGUGCACCGGCUUCCCAAAACACAUACUCAGCUCCACAAAACACAUAUCCACCCCCGAGGGCCUACAGACCAGGAUCCGGCUUCCGUCCAAACCGGGCCUUCAGGAACGAAAGAGUACAGAAACAGAAAACAUUCACUCCAUUGGGAGAAUCUUACACCAGCAUUUUCCAUAGAUUGAAGCAAUUGGGCAUGUUAAACCCAAUCGAGCCCAAAAUGCCAAAUCCCCUUCCUAGAAAUCUGGACCAUUCAGUAAGCUGCGAGUACUGUUCAGGGGCCCCAGGGCAUGAUACCGAGAAUCACCGGAUCGAGGUUCAAGCCCCAGAGGCACCGAAUAUCAACCAGAACCCUUUGCUAGCUCAUCACGAGGCCAACAUAAUUGAAUUGAUACACAAGGGAGUAGAGCCUAAGAAGCCUUCGCAGGCAGUAAUGAUGAUCUGUUCUAGCGAAGCCAAGGUGAAUAAGAAGGCAGCUAGUGUGAAACCAGCGAUUCAGUCAAAAAGGGUAGGUAGCAUGCCAGUUGUGGUGAUCGGGAAAGGGUCGACAAGCACUGUUGCAGUAAAAUUAGAGCCAAUCAAAGUGGUGGUCCAGGGGGAAGCAGACAAAACCGUGGUAGUCGUGAAGGGGGCUCCCAUAGAGCCGGUCAUCAUAAAGCCAGUGACUCAGUUGCCAGUGACCAAUAGCAAAGCCAUCCCUUGGAAUUAUGAACAGGUAGCAGUGACUUAUAAGGGGAAGGAAAUCAAAGAAGAAGUUUGUGAAGCGCAAGGUUUAACUCGGUCGGGAAGGUGCUUUGCUCCCAAAGAGUUGAGAAAGGCCAGGGUUCCUAAAGACAACCCGGUACUGGUUAAGAAAGCUUUAACAGAAGAAGAGGCAGAGGAGUUCUUGAAAAAGAUGAAAGUGCAAGACUACUCUAUUGUUGAACAACUAAGGAAGACACCGGCCCAAAUCUCAUUACUUUCAUUGCUUAUUCACUCAGAUGAGCAUCGCAGGGCAUUGAUGAAGAUACUGAACGAGGCUCAUGUCCCCGACAAAAUCUCGGUGAAUCAUCUAGAGAAGAUAGCAAAUAAGAUCUUUGAAGUAAACAGAGUGACAUUCUCCGAUGAUGAGUUGCCAGUAGAGGGCACGGAACAUAACAGGGCUCUGUAUUUGACAAUAAAGUGCGAGGAUUCGGUGGUCACCCGGGUGCUCGUUGAUAAUGGGUCCACUGCAAACAUCUGUCCGUUGUCCACAUUGAACAAGCUGAAGGUUAACGACGACAGAAUUCAUAAGAAUAGCAUCUGUGUUCGAGGAUUUGAUGGUGGAGGUACAGACACAGUUGGUGACAUAAUUUUAGAACUGACGAUCGGGCCGGUGGAGUUCACUAUGGAGUUUCAGGUACUAGACGUGGUGAUGUCUUAUAACCUUCUGUUGGGACGACCAUGGAUCCACGCCGCCAAGGCGGUGCCUUCUACACUGCAUCAGAUGGUCAAGUUCGAAUGGGAUAGACAGGAGAUCGUAGUGCAUGGCGAAGACAAUAUGUGCGCUGUAAGUGAUGCCAUUGUGCCCUUCAAAGAAGUUGACGAUGAUAAGGGGCCAUGGGUCUACCAGGUCUUCGACACGGUCUCAGUGGAAAAGGUUCCUGAAGGUAAAAGCAUCCCAGCCCCUAGAAUCACGGCCGCAACCGUCAUGGUAGCUUCGGAGAUUUUAAAGAACGGGUUUGUGCCGAGAAAAGGUUUGGGUGUUGAUCUGCAAGGUAUUGUUCAGCCGGUUUCUUUGCCCAAGAAUCUAGAUACUUUUGGGUUGGGAUUCAAGCCUACAGCUGCGGACAUAAGGCGGGCCCGCAAAAUGAAGAAAAGGGCAUGGGUCCUUCCCAAGCCGACCCCACGAUUGUCCAGGCCCUUCGUCAGGCCGGGUGUCGGGAAGAAACUAUUGGCAAAGGUGCCUGGGUCACUAAUUGGUGCAGAUGGAGACUUGGGAAGGGGUUUGAAAGGUUAUUUGCUGAAGUAA